UUACAAGCCCACUUUCAAAAUGGCAGCCGGAAGGAAAUUUGUGAUUAGAAGCCUCACUGUUCUCAUUUAAGAGCGUUAGCGCAACUUCCGGUCUGGUUGCAAGAUGGCCGCGUCCAGUGGUGGAUUCAAGCCUCGUGAACGAAGCGGUGGAGAGCAGGCACAGGACUGGGAUGCUGUGCCACCCAAGCGGCCCCGACUAGGGGCAGGAAACAAGAUCGGAGGCCGUAGGCUUAUUGUGGUGCUGGAAGGGGCCAGUCUGGAGACAGUCAAGGUAGGGAAGACAUAUGAGCUACUCAACUGUGACAAGCACAAGUCUAUAUUGUUGAAGAAUGGACGGGACCCUGGGGAAGUGCGGCCAGACAUCGCCCACCAGAGUUUGCUGAUGCUGAUGGAUAGUCCCCUGAACCGAGCUGGCUUGCUACAGGUUUAUAUCCAUACACAGAAGAAUGUUCUGAUUGAAGUGAAUCCCCAGACUCGAAUUCCCAGAACCUUUGACCGCUUUUGUGGCCUCAUGGUUCAACUUUUACACAAGCUCAGUGUUCGAGCAGCUGAUGGCCCCCAGAAGCUCUUGAAGGUAAUUAAGAAUCCAGUAUCAGAUCACUUUCCAGUUGGAUGUAUGAAAGUUGGCACUUCUUUUUCCAUCCCGGUUGUCAGUGAUGUGCGUGAGCUGGUGCCCAGCAGUGAUCCUAUUGUUUUUGUGGUAGGGGCCUUUGCCCAUGGCAAGAGAUAAGACUUGCUCUGUUGUCCAGGCUUGAGUGCAGUAGCUCAAUCAUAGCUCACUGCAGCCUUGAAUUCCUGGGCAAGUGCCACCACACCCAGCUUGUUACUGUAUUUUUGAAUGUCUGAAGUGAAGAAUGAAUCUAAGUGGAGAUUGCCUGGCUCAUUCAGUUACAUCCACAGCAGAGAGAAACUGAGGAUUCUUUGUUGAUGGGGUCUGGCAAGGGUAACCACCCUCAAAAUGUUUUUAUCUGACAGAGGAAUGUACACAAAAGACAAAAAGGAAAAGUUAAGCUGUGUUCCUGUCCAUACAACCCUCUUUGCAAGCAGGAGCAUUAUAACUUCCCUACCUAUUAGAUUCUCUCAAGGAAAUUCCAUUCAAGUCUGUUCCUUCCAGGUUCCCUCU